AUGCUGGCCCUGGAGAAGGGGACAAAGAGGUCGUGGGAGCUUUGGAAAGUUGAGGUCCUCGGGCAGCGACCUGAACAACCGAAUGUCGCAUCGCUGCUCCCUGGCAUUCCUGACCCUUGGAUGAUACCCAACGCAGAAGACAUCGCCUCGCUCAAAGAGCAAUGCAUCUCUUGGAGUUCGCCAAAGAGAUAUCGUCCCAUGUGUGUCGACGGUCCCACCAAGCGCUACUUUUCCGCAGCUGCGCUUGCCAUACAAUUUCUCAACGGUCUAGACCCGAGCGUCUUGUCCGUUAUCCGCAACAUCGUGCUCGAUGAAGUCCAUGCCAGCGUAGCAAGACCAGAGUGCCAUGGCCUGGGUCUGGUCAGCAUAAUGCAACACUAUCCCCGCAUCAGUAUAUGUCGCCAAGUGGAUACAAAGACUACUGCCAUCACAACCGCCAUCAAAGGCAACGUCGGUCAGCCCUAUUUCGAGGAAGUUGUAGGUUGCUACAGAGAUGGGCGACCCUGGGAUAUCGAUGGAGAUAUAGACCGAGUGCGCGUCUCUCAGGCCUUCAUACGGUGGUUCGAGGAAGCCGUGGCUCUUUCAUCGAGAUUGUCUCCCGAUCGCUUUUCUGUGACCUUUCACUCCAGGAACUCUGCAAGUACGCUCGCUCUCCUUGAGCAAAUGCUCGAGGAUGCCAGGUGGCAAAGAGCAAUCGAACCGCUCGCUCCACGUCCCAUAAGCCCGCUUAGUCUCAUGGACAGUUGCUGCUUCUUUUCUGAAUCGUUCACACGUGUUAUGCGAGAGAUACAACAAGGCGAGGGGAAUGUUCGUUUCGACCUAGGUGACUUGAGCGUCCGUGGUAGCAAUACGGCAAUCCCAGUCGACCAGGAAAGCACGCCGGCGCAAAUAGGAGAGAAUUGGAUGGCACAUUUCCAGGGCACGUAUGUCGAGCCGUCGCCGUACGCCGGCCGCAAGGACUUGCUGCAGGAAUAUAUGGAGGACGAGGUCCAAGACUGA